GAGUCAUCGUCACGCCGCAGAACGUGACGAUUAGGCCGAUGGGAUUCGCUGGUUACUACGUAUUCAUCGACCCGCAGAAGACUCCGGCUUACGAGAUUAUCUUCUCGAUUCAGUUUCUCUCCGGAUUUGUGCAGUACUCGGUGACCAGCGGAGCCUGCAGUCUGGCAGCUCUUCUGGUGUUACACGCCUGUGGCCAGUUAAAAAUUCUUAUUGCCAGAAUGGAGAAUCUCACGCAGGCCGAAUACUUCUCUGAUAAGAAAGCCAACGUGGAACUGGCGGCCGUCGUGAGGCAGCAUAUCAGAAUUAAAAGCUUUUUAAGCAAGGUAGAAGAAAUUUUGCAAUACGUAUGUUUGGUGGAAGUAGUCGGGUGCACGUUCAUCUUGUGUCUUCUUGGAUAUUAUAUAAUAAUGGAAUGGGAAAAUAACGAUGCGGUGUCGAUGCUAACAUAUACCAUACUUCUUUUAACAUUCAUCUUUAAUAUCUUAAUACUGUGCUUCAUCGGUGAGCUUCUCACGGAUCAGAACAUGAAGAUGUACAUUACCUUCUGUACUCUCGACUGGUAUCGAAUCCCGCACAAGACCGCGCGCGGUCUCGUUUUGAUAAUCGCGAUGUCUAGCAUUCCCGUAAAAAUCACAGCCGGAAAAUUUAUGGAUCUAUCUCUCAAUAGUUUUGGCGCCAUUAUGCGAACAUCGGUCGCGUAUCUAAAUAUAUUGCGCACAACCAGCAUUUAAAAGAUGCAAUUCGUUAGUUGAAAGAAAUAAAUUUCAUCUGUAGAAAAUCGUGCAGGAUAUUGAAAUCUACGGAUUUCAGUGUAAUGUAUAUAGCACCAUUAGUAUGGUAGAUCAA